AAGCCAAACGGUGGUAUUGAAACCUAUCUUAACUACAAAAACUUUCAAUCUGUCGUGUUAAUGGCGGUUUGCGAUGCGGAUCAUCGCUUUCUGAUAUUCGACGUUGGCUUUCCAGGACAAAACGGUGACACCGGUGUGUUCCAAAAGUCGAGCAUAAAGACAUUUUUCGAAGAGUGUGAGGACGUGUUCCCGGAGACAGCCGACCUUGGUACCGUUGGACCUGUGCAAUAUCAUAUUCUCACUGACGACGGUUUCGGGCAAGAUGUGCGGUACAUUGAACCAUUUCCAGGACAGACCGCUGACACAGGAAGUAAACGACGAUUCAAUACAAAACACGGCUGGUGA